UUUCGAACGCACACCCUGACUGGCUUAACCGAAUAGGGACUCAUCUUUAGUGUGUGUGUGUGUGUGUGUGUGUGUGUGUUUGAGAGUUAAACCAGGGCGCCAGCUCAUGAAUAUUAAUUAGCUAGGGCAGCCAUAAGACCGGAAGUGCGACGAGAGGGGGUUGGUCCCGCUCAGCAUCCGAAGAAGAAGCAACAUCUCGCCGCUCUUUCGUCAGACUUGAAGCGUGCGCGGCUUCGGAACCACCAUGGCUCUCAGGGGACAUCUGGGCCGCCUCAUCCGGACGCGGGCGCUAUGCGGCAGCGGGCAGCCGAGCCGAGCCCAGUCGGUGGCGGUGCUGGGGGCUCCGUUCUCCCGAGGACAGAAACGAAGGGGAGUGGAACACGGGCCCAAAGUCAUCAGGGAUGCGGGACUCAUCGAGAGGCUGUCCGGGUUAGAUUACGCCGUGCACGACUUUGGUGACCUCGCCUUCCAUCACCCAGAGACGGACGAGCCCUACAUGAACGUCAAGUUCCCUCGCACGGUGGGCGCCGCCAGCAAGAAGCUGUCGGGCGCCGUGAGCCGAGCGGUGGGCAGCGGCCACACCCUCGUCGUGCUGGGGGGCGACCACAGCCUCGCCGUCGGAUCCGUGGGCGGCCACGUCCAGCAGUGUCCCGACCUGUGUCUCGUCUGGAUCGACGCGCACGCCGACAUCAACACGCCCGUGACGUCGCCGUCGGGGAACCUCCACGGACAGCCGGUGGCAUUCAUGCUGAAAGAGCUGCGGGACAAGAUGCCUGACAUUCCCGGAUUCUCCUGGGUGAAGCCGUUCCUCUCCUGCAGGGACCUGGUCUACAUCGGCCUGCGGGAUGUUGACCCUGGAGAGUACCACAUAAUGAAGAAUUUGGGCAUCCAGUACUUCACCAUGAGGGACAUCGACAGACUGGGCAUCCAGAGGGUGACGGAAGUCGCUCUGGACCACGUCCUGGCAAGGAAACAAAGACCCAUCCACCUGAGCUUUGACAUCGAUGCCUUCGACCCGUCUUUGGCCCCCGCCACAGGAACGCGUGUGAACGGGGGACUGACCUACAGGGAGGGCAUCUACAUCACCGAGGAAAUUCACAAUACAGGUCUGCUGUCAGUCAUGGAUCUGGUGGAAGUGAACCCCGUCUUGGGGCCCAACCGGGAGGCCGUGGAGGCCACCGCCUCCCUGGCCGUGGACGUCAUCGCGUCGUCUCUGGGACAGACGAGAGAAGGCGCUCACGCCGUCAUGCACGAGAUCCCCUCGGUGAAGGAGGACGACACGGAGCAGCUUUGCCUCUGAGGGCGCCGCCCAGCCACCGAGACACAAACUUGAGCAUUCCGAGGAAGCGUUGCAUCCAAGACUGCACAAUCCAAGUAGCUGGAGUUGGUCUUUUUCUAGUUGGUCCACCCUCCUCAUCGCAUCGCCAAGUAUUUAACCACGAAAAGUAUUUGUCCCUCUUUCUCACCCAAAGGUUUGCUGUGAGAGAUUCAGGGUCUCAAACUCACAGCCUGCAGGCCCACAUUCUCUGCCCGCCUCAAAUCUAACGAUAACGUUAAGUGCGGUCCGAGCACACCGGGCCCCGAGGCACUUAAGCUUGCUUAAAGGGCUCUUGGGGCAAGAAAUAGCGUCACUACACACAACGCUGACUACAAUCACGGUACCGACUGCACAGCAUCUAACAGGCAAGUAAAGACACACGCCACGACGGGGGGGUCCAAAGUGUGGCCCCGGAGCGAGGCACAUUCUAAAAAAUAUCAUUUAGCAAGAAGCAGUCAGUUUACAAGAAUAACGCCAUAAUAUUAAGAAGAAAAACAAUCCCCUUUUAGUCACGUGGAAUUGGAAUAUAUAAGACGUUAUUUUUUAGAAGUGGUAAAAUGAUGAAAAAUAAGCAAAACAACAAAUAAAGUUGUCAUUUUGGGAAAAUUAAAAGUUACAAUGCGACGAGAACAAAGUCAUAAUAUUAAGGGAAUAAAGUCAUAAUUACAGGGAUGAAAGUUGACAAGAAAAUAGUUGGAAAAUUACAAAAAAACAGCCUAAUUUUAGGAGAAUACAGUCCAAAAUAUUAAGAUAAAAAAUGUAUUCUAACAAGAAAAAAAGUUGACAUUUUAGCAUAGAGUAGAAAUAUUAAAGAAGAAAUGACUUUUCAAAGCUGUAAUAUGAGAAACCGAAUAAAAUAAUCAUUUUUGGAAAUGAGGCUGAAGGAAUAAAGUCAUAAUAUUACUAGAAGAAAAUUUGUGGAGAUUUGAGAAGUUGAAUUCUUUGGAAAAUAGAAACAAAACAGCAGUUCAAAUGGGGAAAGAAAGCAAGUGAAGUCGAUAUUAUGUCCUGUGCAUCACCUUUAUGACAAAGCUGAUGCACUUGUUUCUUGAAAUAUACACUUUAUAAUUAUAUAUAUAUAUCUCACUUCUUAGCAUAUGGUGCUUCAUUCACUAUGUGGGCCUCGCUGGAGGGGAAAAAAAAGGCUGGGCCACCCCGACUAUGAGGAAGAGCAAACUACGUUUAUAACUUUAAACACGCAACUUGUGUUAUGUUGCCAGUCGGGCUUCCGUGAGUGCUCCAUGCGGUCCCCGUGGUCAGCUGAGUUUGAGACCCCUGAUUUAGACAGAAACUAGAAUGCAAGCUACUAACUUAUUUGACUAUUUUGUGUAAGAAUGAUAUUUAUUAUUGUUAUUAUUAGAGUUGUUUGGCAAGAGAAAGAGCCUGCCUCAAAGGUGCGACCGACAGACAUCCACUCUUGUGUGCGCUCGCUAAUGUGUUUUGUUUUGUACCUGUGCAGUUUAGCGGAGGCUAGCAGCCAUGUUGCACUUUUGGACCAUUGGACCAGCUGUGGUUACUGCAUUGUCCUGAUUGUUAGCGCGUGUGAAAACCCUAGCAGGUUCCCCCCGCUCGAUGUGGCCACUGAAGCGACUGAGGCACUUAAUAUUCACAGGAUGUUCUGCUAUUAAAAAGCUGAUUGUCUGGUCUUCCAUAAGAUGGGA